AUUAAAUAUAAUAGAGGAGUCAACUAUAAAAGCCAAAAACCAACAAGCGACAGAGGGAAAAAAAAAAAAGAAACUUUGUACUUCCGGACCGUCAGUCACCGUCACCUUAACCUUUUUCCGGCUCCUCCGUUUUGCCUAUUCCCGGCGAUUCAAGAACUUUAGAACAAAGCUCAAGUUUUAGCUGUUGUUUAUCAGAUUGAGAAUAGGGAUUGAAGCUGUUAGAAUGGGAGAAGUGAACUAUAUGCGAGAGGAGGAUAUAAAGCUGGACGCUGUACGGGCUAAAUUUUCAAAUGUUCUUAAGAGACAUGCGGAUCUAGCAGAGCGUCUUUCUAGGGAUUCUGACAAGUCAAUUUUUGAGCGUCUACAAAGGGAAUUUGAAGCCGCACGUGCUUCUCAAGCUCAAGAACUUAGCUUAGAAGGUGAGCAAUGGAAUGAUGGCUUAUUGGCAACAAUAAGAGAGCGGGUACAUAUGGAGGCUGAAAGAAAGGCCAUGCAAAUGCCGGGGGACAUAACCCAGUUGCCAAUGUCAUUUCUUGAAAAAAUUACCUACAGAGUUGGGAAUAAGAUUAUUUGUUGCUUGGAAGGAGCAAGGAUUGGCAUACAAUAUGAGACUUCAUUUGCAGGCGAAUCGUGUGACCUAUACCACUGUGUGCUUGAGAGCAAGUCAUUUCUGGAGAAGAUGACUGUUCUGGAACAUACAGUUCCUUUUUUCUUGCCAAUACGUGACACUGAAAAUGAGUUUCUCUCGUCAAAUGCAAUAAGAUUUAUUGACCAUGUUGGAGAUUUGUUGCAAGCCUAUGUAGAUAGACGGGAACAGGUUCGGCUUAUUAAAGAGUUGUAUGGAAAUCAAAUUGGUGAACUCUAUCAUAGUCUUCCAUACCAUAUGAUCGAGUUUGUGCUUGAAGAUUUUGAUUCCAAGGUGACAGUUAGUCUGAGAUAUGCGGAUCUGAUCUCUACACUUCCUACUGGGGUUAGUGUCCUGGCAUGGCCUAUGCCCAAAUCCAAGAAAUCUUCUGAUGCAAUUUCCUUGAGUCAGAAAGAAAAUGUAGUUGGAAGUCACCCUAUCCCAGCGUGUUUGACAUAUGCAGAGGAUGCACUCCGGACCAUGAGUCUGCCGGAAGCAUAUGCAGAAAUUGUGUUGAAUCUUCCGCAAACUCUGCAGGACAUGUUUCCACACACAAGCUCAACAUAGUUGUAAUUAUUUAUGACAUGGAGUAGCGCCCGGUUGCAUGUUGUGUAGUGAAUGCGCUGGUUAUAAACUGAAUGCUUUUAACUUUUAUUGUUUUAUACAUGUAUAUUUUGAAAAUCCAGUGUGGUAGUUAUCUUCCUUUUGUUUUCUUUUACCUGGUUCAUGGCAAUUUGCCUUUUGCUGUCAAGCCUAACGAUUAUGUUUUGAGGGAAAAAAUUGAAGAGAAUUCACAAUCACAACAACAAUAUCUUGUCCCUUGUGAUUCGUUUGUCA